UUAACGCCGGAGCCGGCUCUCCAUUGGCAACCGGAGGAAGCAGCCUGGGGGGCGGCGCAGCCCUUUCGCUGGAAGUUGGCGGGUCUGCAAGGCGCCUGCCGCCGCCGCCGCUCCGGGAGGAGGAAGGAGGCAGCGACUGCUCCCUGCACCGGGGACUCCCGGGGCCAACUUAGCCGGCGCUGGCGGAGAGCGGGCGCGCCAGGAGGAGGCUCCUUUCUGGGCUCGGCGCAGGACGCUCCCGGCCGCCCGGCCUGGCUGGGAUGCCUGGUCCCCGCGGAGCCGGAGGGAGUGAGCUGGCCCGGGGAGCGCUGCCCCUGCCCGCCUGCUAGGGCUGCGGUGCCACCCGGGCCGGCCAGCAUGCUCCGCCUGGGCACGCUGCUGCAGUCGCUCGCCCUGCUCUGCCUCUGCCAGCGCCGCCCCGCGCACGUCUGGGGCAGGCUGAUGGGGGGCUCCGGGGAGCUGGCCGGGGGCGCCGCGGCUGCCUGGGACCCGCUGCCGGCCCUGCCCCGGCGGAGCCGGCGGGGAGCCUCGCCGCCCGCCAACAGCUCCGGCGCGGCGCCCUGGUGCCCGUACAAGGUGUUCAGCGAGGGCCAGGCCGGCGGCCGCCUCUGCUUCCGGAGCCCGGCCCGGGACUUCCAGUGCCCGCCGGCCAGCUGCAGGGCGCACCGCUCGCCGGGCCGCGCCCUGGUGGCCAACGUGCUGCGCAACGGCAGCGUCCUGCUGCAGUGGGGGGCGCCCGGCGGGCCGGGCCGGGACCUGCGGGGCUUCGCCCUCAACUGCUCCUGGGACGGCACCUACACCCGCUUCCACUGCGACAGCGUCCAGCUGGGGGCCAGCUGCCGGGACUACCUGCUGCCCGACGCGCACGGCAGCGUGCGCUACCGCCUGUGCCUCCAGCCGCUCUACCGCGCCGGCGGGCCGGGCGCGCCCCGCGCCGAGUGCGUGGAGUUCAGCGUGGAGCCGGCCAGCAUGCGGGACAUCGUCAUCGCCAUGACGGCCGUGGGGGGCUCCAUCUGCGUCAUGCUCGUCAUCAUCUGCCUCCUGGUGGCCUACAUCACCGAGAACCUCAUGCCGCCGGCCUGGGGCCGGGCCGCCGCCCCCACGAGGGGCACGUAGGGCAGGGGCCCCAGCCGGCGGGGGGCGCUCCGGAGCCCGCGCCUGGAACCGGCCCUAGGGCGCCCUCUGCAGGCGGGGGCAUGGAAUCUGCCCUGGAGCUGUAGAGCCAGGGGUGGGGAGCCACCCCUAGAACCCGGGCCUGGAGCUCCCUCUGCAGCCAAGGGCCUGGAACCGGCCUCUAGAGCCAGGGGCUGGAGUGCCCUCUGCAGGUGGGGCCUGGAAUCUGCCCUGGUGCUCUAGAGCCAGGGGUGUGAAGCCAUCCCUAGAGCCCGGGCCUGGAGCUCUCUCUGCAGCCAGGGAUCUGGAACUCACCUCUAGAGCCAGGGGGCUGGGAUCUGCCCUGGAGCUCCCUCUGCAGCCAGGGGAUGGAACCCAGCUCUAGAGCCAGGGCCUGGAGCUCCCUCUCGAACCAGGGGCCUGGAAGCCACCUCCCCUGGAGCUCCCUCUGCAGCCAGGGGGAUGGAACCAGCCCCUAGAGCCGGGUCCUGGAGCUCCCUUUGCAGCCAGGGGGAUGGAACCAGCCCCUAGAGCCCAGGCCUGGAGCUUCCUCUGCAGCCAGGGGAUGGAACCCACCUCUAGAGCUGGGGCCUGGAGCUCCCUCUCCAACCAGGGGCCUGGAAGCCACCUCCCUUGGAGCUCCCUCUGCAGCCAGGGGGAUGGAACCAGCCCCUAGAGCCGGGGCCUGGAGCUCCCUCUGCAGCUAGGGGCCUGGAACCCUCCACCCAGCUGGGGCAUGGUGGAUCCCUCUCCAUCAAGGGUAGUGAUGGACACUUCUCUUCCUAGCUGACUCCAAAAUGCAUAUUGAUCACAGUGCUGUAGGGGUAGACUUUGAUUAAAGCGUCACUUUGGGGUUACCAAAGCCUGUAACUUUUCUAUUCCUGUUAGCGGCGACAAGGACAACUUAAAUCCAGAGGAAACCAGUGCCAUCACCCAAAGCAGAUCUGCAGCAACCUGAGGGACCUCAGUGCCAUUGUGUGACUCAAAGAUCUUUAGAGUUGUAUGUGGUAUUAUUUUCCAUAGAGGACUUUCUAUAGAUCAGUCUUAACUAGACCAAGGGAAGUUUUAAAUAGCUAAAGAAAACUGAGUUUAGAAAGAAGCAGGGGAGAAAUAGUCACACAUUCAGGUGUCUGAACAUCAGUGUUCUGUGAUAAAUAACUUAUACUGUGAAAUAUUUGUGAGGUAUGUAAUUGUGGUUGGGCGUGGUCAUGCAGACAUUACUAAUAGAAAAGUAAGUAUUGCUAUGGAAUCCUGAAAGAUUGGGUUAUAAGCAACUUUCGAGAUACUGUUGAUUUGUGCAUUUUAUUGUGAUUUUUAGAACUAAACAUUCCACAAGAGGAUAAAAGAGAUGGGACAAAGAAAGCCCCAACUCCUCACACUAUGUGCCAUAACCUAGAUUGUUGCAUUGUUUUGCAGUGGUGUUACAUAGGAAAAUUCACAGUAAAAUAAAGUAAGUUAGUAAUAGGAUCAAAAUUAGGCAUAUUAAUAAGUGCUGAUUUAAAGCAUUCAGAGAUAUAAGCCUGUUCUGCAGCAUCGUUAGGUACCGUCUUUUUUUGUGAAGUUGUUUUCCUUCAUUUUAUUUGCAGAUCAGUUGUUAAGAUCUUUUUGUUUUAAUAGUAAAUUUGCCAAGUGUAUCAUGUAAAAGUUUGGAAUUUUGUUUUCUAUUUUUAGUAAAAAAAAAAAAAAAAGAUUAAAAAGCAGCUAUUCUGCCUGAGCCAUACCCAGUUUUCAAACUUAAAAUAUCUCAGUGAGUUAAAAAUAAAAAUCAGGAAUCUGCUUGAAGUGCCAGAAAAAUUGCAGUUUUGAAAAGUGAACUAACUUAUUUUUAAGUGCUUUUUUGAUUUGAGGCCUCUAAACAAGUUUAACUUUAAGCAUAUGCUUAAAUCCCAUUGAUUUAGAUGUGCUUAAUUGCUUUCCUGAAUUGGAAUGCUAUCCUGAAACUUGGCCAAAGAGAGUAGAUCCAUAAAGCUUAAGAAACUCGGGGACUGAUGCAAAGUCCACUGAGCUGAGUGGAAAAACUCCCAUUGAAAGCAGUGGGUUUUGGAUCAAGCCCUAUGCUAAGCAGCUCAACAACUCAGGAGCCCAGGCCUGCCCCUACUGAAAUCAACAGGAGUUUUGUCAUUGGCUUCAACAGCACUAGGCCCUUUCAAAAGUAACUUUUUAGAAAAAAAACGUUUGGCUCUAGCCAAUGUGUCUCAGGUUUCUGCCUGCUGCAGUUUAAAAAGGCCAAUUUAACAGAGUCUGAAAACUGGGAUUCAUAACGGAAACAUGAACUGAGCUUUAAUUAUAAUGGUGUGAAAAAUACACAAUAAUAACUACUGUGACCAGUCUUCGCUACCCCAUUUUAUGAAUGCAAUACACCUUUGUUCUACUAAGGUACCACCUCCUAAAGUCUGAAUUCUGUUCUGUAGUGGCUGAGUAUUUUUAAUAUAGGAACACUAGCUGUAAUCCAUUCACUCGAUGCUACAGUAAACUCGGAGUUUAGUUAAACUCUACUAUUCAUUACAUUGUGCCUUAGUACUGAAAGUUUGACCCAUUAAUAUUGGCUUUUCUGUUUUUGUUGUAACUGUUAGAGGAACAUGUGUACCUCCCACAGUGUUUGUCUAUUUAAUAGGAAAAUAAACCUAGGCUAGCUGAAUAUUACUUGAAUUUUAAUAUAUAUUUAAAAUAGAGUAAAUUACCUUCCUAGAGCUUCUGUGUUACUUUUUGUUUAGUAUUGUCUCCACAUAGUUUACUGGUAUAACAAAAAUCUAACAUUAUAUCACAUAAAAAAGUAAUGGUAGAGGGGAAAUAGGGUUUAUGUAGCAGCAUAUUAUUAAUAGAUCACAUGUGAAACGAAAGUGUUUGUCUGAAUAAACAAAUAUGUUUAUAAUCAGUAAAUGCCCAGUGGGCAUUUCAUAGGUAGUAUGGAUGACCUAAAACUUGUAAGUAGAAGGCAUAUGUAGAAACCCUCUAGGAUCUGUUAAAAUACAAUAUUUGUACUAAUCAGAUGAGCACAGCCAUACUACAGACUACAUUUCUCUCCCUCCCCGUGUGUGUUUUUAAUCCAGCAAGCAAACUUAUUUCCCUUAGGACUGAAAUAAUUUAAGGAUGGUCAGGAGCUGAAGGUCUGUAUUUUGUCAGACAAAAAUACCUCUCUUUUUCAUUAUUUCUUCAUGUUUUCCUUCUAACAAGAAGCUUGCUGUAAAUUACACUUCUUCCCUUCAUGAGUUUCUUGCCUCUGAACCUUGGUUUAAAACCACCUGACAGUAUUUAAAAUAUAAUUGCAAUCAGGGAAUGAGCCCUGACAGACAAUUUCAUUCACGUUUUUCCCCAGAGAGAGAUAAUGUGUGAAAUAAUCUGAAAUUAGUUCAAGGAUAUUAAGACAAGUUGUACCUAGUGGAGUCAUGUCAUCCUUUGUAUAAAUCCAUUAAAUUCAGUGGAUUUAAACCCACAGUGAAUAUGGCCUAGUUUCAUUUGAAGGCCUCGCAUGCAUCUACCCUAUGGUCAAUCCUAGGCAGGAUUAGUAGAGUGGAACUAAUAUUGUACAUUUCUAUCCAUUUCCGUCACUCGCUGUUGCUGUCUUGUCCUUCAUCUUGCCAUGAAUUGCCAGACUUUAAAUAUAUAAUUAAUGAGCCUUGUAUCACCUUGGAGUUGACCUUAAUGCAUUAAAAGAAUAUAAUAUACACAUUA